AUGGAUAAAAGCCAGUUGAGUUUUUUUUGGUUAAACUGUGUAACUGUGUUAGCCGAUUUUAAUCAAAACAAAAGACCAUCUACCAGGAUAGUUUCCACCAAGUAUGGAUCAUUGAGAGGAGUUCAUGUUAAUUUAAUGCACAACUUACAGCCGGUUGAAAUGUUCUUAGGUAUUCCAUAUGCAAGUCCACCAACUGGUAAACUAAGAUUCAUGCCUCCAGUAACUCCAGCUCAUUGGAAUGGGAUCAGAAUGGCAGAUAGCUUUGGUCAUGUUUGCCCACAAAAUUUACCCAACAUCACCAAUGAAGCUGAAUCUCUGAGAAAGAUGACUCGAGAUCGUUUAACACAUUUAAAGCGAUUGAUUCCAUUGCUCCAAAAUCAAAGUGAAGAUUGUUUAUACCUCAACAUUUAUACUCCAACUAAAGGUAAAAAAGAGAAUAAA